AUGAGUGAUUACACAAUUGAUGAGCUGGUGAAGCAGUGGUUAGCAGUGGACCGGAAUACAGAGACAAGAAGGGAGAUCCAACACCUCUUCAACACGUCUAAUAAUGUGGAGUUGGAGCACAGGCUGCGUAAGCGUAUCCAUUUCGGCACUGCUGGGCUGAGGGCCAGAAUGGGCGCUGGUUUUGCCCUAAUGAAUGAUGUUACUGUGCUGCAGGCAUCGCAAGGUCUAGCACAAUACGUCUUGAGCGUCCAUAAAGGUGGAGAGCCUGUGGUUGUUGUUGGCCAUGAUCACCGGUUGAAUUCGAAGAGGUUUGCAGAGAUCACUGCGACAGCGUUUAUACUGAAGGGGUUCGAUGUGAAGUUCCUGUCGGAUAGUGAUAUCGAUAAGGGUCUUGUUCCAACUCCGUUGGUUCCAUUUGCGGUGGAUUUGUACAAGGCAACGUGUGGUGUCAUGAUCACCGCCUCUCACAAUCCUGCUUUGGACAAUGGUUAUAAAGUGUACUGGAAUAACGGGUGUCAGAUCAUACCACCGGUCGAUCAAGAGAUUGCCAAUGAGAUCUUGAAUAAUUUGAAACCUGCUGAGCGAGCAUAUGACUUGGAAUACGUGAUGCAGCAGGCUUAUCAGGACACACAUCUGUCAUAUGUCAAGGAAGAUGUGAUUCAAAAGUAUAUUGACCAUAUCAGAUCGACCCUUGUAUUUAAAAAAGUUGAUAUCCCCUUUGUCUAUACCCCAAUGCAUGGUGUUGGCUUGGAAGUGUUCAGCAAAGCUUCGAGCCUUCUUGGUAUAUCGAAUUUGAAAUCUGUCAGGGAACAGAGCAUACCCGACCCACUUUUCCCAAGCGUGAAGUUUCCAAAUCCAGAGGAAAAAGGUGCUUUAGAUUUGGCCAUCAGAACUGCUACACAGGAAAACGUUGCUUUGGUUCUUGCAAACGAUCCAGAUGCUGACAGAUUCAGCUGUGCGGUCAAAGAUUCCAGGGGUAAUUGGAGACAGUUAACGGGUAAUGAGCUGGGUUAUCUUUUUGCAUCUUACAUGCUUCAAACUGUUGAUAAGACGAAAUGGGAUAAAGUGUACUUGUUGAACUCCACUGUUUCAUCGCAGAUGAUUCGCUCGAUGAGUGAAACCCUGGGCUGUCAUUAUACAGAUACGCUCACCGGAUUCAAAUGGAUAGGGAACAAGGCCAUCGAGUUAGAAGGAGAUGGAUAUAUAGUUCCAUUUGGGUUUGAGGAAGCAAUUGGAUUUAUGUUCCCAGGCAUCCACGACAAAGACGGUAUCUGCGCAGCAAUUGUGUUCUUACAGAUGGCUCAGCAGUGGUAUGAAGAGGGCACGAAUGCAUUGGACGUACUAGAGGAUGGCUUCAAGAAGUUCGGGUACUUCAAGGAGUAUAAUUCGUACUACACGGUCCACGACCCCUCCUAUACUAAGACGAUAUUUGACAAGUUUAUAAGAUCAAGUUAUGACGAGUACCCAGAACGUAUUGGUCGGUUCAACGUGGGCUACUGGAGAGAUCUCACAAUUGGCUACCAACUGGGCACUGCAGACAAUAAGCCUGACCUGCCAGUGGACCCUACUUCUCAGAUGAUAACAGGAAGGUUGUACUUGCCGGAAGAGAAGGACGUUGUUGUGAGCUUCACCAUGAGAGGCUCAGGCACUGAACCUAAGCUGAAGGUGUACGUCGAGGCACAGGCGUCCACGGGCGAAAAGGCUACGAAUCUUUCAAUAGAAGUAUGGAAGACCCUGAGAUCACAAUGGUUCAAGCCUGAAGUGACCGGACUGAAAGAAGCAUAG